CCCUUUUCUGUUGUACGCUCUUGCUUCCUAGCGUGCUCACUCGCUCAGUACCUUGCUUCCCUCCCUCUGGUUUACCUUCGCACGCCGACUGGUGACUGUGGCGCCCGCGACCUGCAGAGAGGCGUUGGCGGAGGACACUCGUCAUGGCCGCCUCUAAACCUGUAGAGGCGGCGGUAGUCGCCGCAGCUGCGCCCGGCUCCGGCAGUGGGGUGGGCGGCGGCAGUGCGACUGCGGGCCCGGGCACAGGGGGCCUGCCGCGAUGGCAGCUGGCGCUGGCAGUCGGGGCGCCUCUGUUGCUGGGUGCGGGUGCCAUGUACUUGUGGAGCCGGCAGCGACGGCGCCGAGAGGCCGGGGGUCGAGGCGACGCCGGCGGCCUGAAACGCAACAGUGAGCGGAAGACCCCAGAGGGCAGGGCCAGUCCGGCCCCGGGAAGCGGACACCCCGAAGGCACCGGUGCUCACCUGGAAAUGAACUCUCUUGAUAGAGCCCAAGCAGCCAAGAACAAAGGCAACAAAUAUUUUAAAGCAGGGAAAUACGAACAAGCCAUUCAGUGCUAUACAGAGGCUAUCAGUUUGUGUCCUACGGAGAAGAAUGUUGACCUUUCCACAUUUUAUCAAAACAGAGCUGCUGCCUUUGAACAGUUGCAAAAAUGGAAAGAGGUGGCACAAGAUUGUACAAAGGCCGUUGAACUUAAUCCCAAAUAUGUGAAAGCUCUCUUUAGACGUGCAAAAGCCCACGAGAAGCUAGACAAUAAGAAGGAAUGUUUAGAAGAUGUCACUGCUGUGUGUAUAUUAGAAGGGUUCCAAAAUCAACAAAGCAUGCUGUUAGCUGAUAAAGUUCUUAAACUUCUUGGAAAAGAGAAAGCCAAAGAAAAAUACAAGAACCGUGAACCUCUGAUGCCAUCUCCACAAUUUAUCAAAUCUUACUUCAGUUCUUUCACUGAUGAUAUAAUUUCUCAGCCCAUGCUGAAAGGAGAGAAGUCUGAUGAAGAUAAAGACAAGGAAGGAGAGGCUUUAGAAGUGAAAGAAAAUUCUGGAUAUUUAAAGGCCAAACAGUACAUGGAAGAAGAAAACUAUGAUAAGAUCAUAAGCGAAUGCUCAAAAGAAAUAGAUGCUCAAGGCAAAUACAUGGCAGAGGCAUUAUUACUACGAGCAACAUUCUACCUACUUAUUGGCAAUGCCAACGCCGCUAAACCAGAUUUAGAUAAGGUCAUCAGUCUGAAAGAAGCUAACGUGAAGCUUCGAGCAAACGCACUUAUCAAGAGAGGCAGCAUGUACAUGCAGCAGCAGCAGCCUUUGUUGUCUACGCAGGAUUUCAACAUGGCUGCCGACAUCGAUCCUCAGAAUGCAGAUGUGUACCAUCACCGAGGGCAGCUGAAAAUACUGCUUGAUCAAGUUGAAGAAGCAGUGGCAGAUUUUGAUGAAUGUAUUAGACUAAGACCUGAGUCUGCUCUAGCACAAGCUCAGAAAUGUUUUGCAUUGUAUCGCCAGGCAUAUACAGGAAACAAUUCUUCACAAAUCCAGGCGGCUAUGAAAGGUUUUGAAGAGGUCAUAAAGAAAUUUCCCAAGUGUGCUGAAGGCUAUGCACUAUAUGCCCAGGCAUUAACAGAUCAACAGCAGUUUGGUAAAGCUGAUGAAAUGUAUGAUAAGUGCAUUGAUUUAGAACCAGAUAAUGCCACGACAUAUGUUCAUAAAGGUUUACUUCAACUUCAGUGGAAGCAAGACCUGGAUAGAGGUUUGGAGCUUAUCAGCAAAGCUAUUGAAAUUGACAGUAAAUGUGAUUUUGCCUAUGAAACUAUGGGAACUAUUGAAGUGCAAAGAGGAAACAUGGAGAAAGCCAUUGACAUGUUCAACAAAGCUAUUAACCUGGCCAAGUCAGAAAUGGAAAUGGCUCAUCUGUACUCACUCUGCGAUGCUGCUCAUGCCCAGACAGAAGUUGCAAAGAAAUAUGGAUUAAAACCACCAACAUUAUAAAAUAGGGGGAAGGAACAUGACCCUCUUUUUAGAAGAAAUUUACCCCUUCUUCAACUGAACCCUAAAGACACUGUCAAGAACUGUGUUGAAUGGUGGAACUUAGUGUUUCCUGUUGUGCUGCUGUCGUUCGUUCCAUCUGUCCCGUGUGGGUGUUGUGGGAGUGGCUGUUGAAGGAAGUGUGCGGUGUUGCAGCUUUUAUUCCCUGUGCAACGGAAGCUUAGAGCCUGUUAAAGGGUUAUUAAAACAGUUGCAAAGAGUACAAAUGAUAAUUGGCCAUGCAAAUAAAAACUUUGAUUUGUUCAUUUGGCUUUUUUUUUUUUUUUUUUUUUUUGAGGCGGGUGGGGGGGAUGAUUGCAUUCUGGAUGAUUUUGUCUUUGUGUUUGUGUAGUAUAAAUAUAUUGUAGCAUGUUGGUUUUUAAAUUAACAUAGUUUAAGUGCUAUAAAAUAGGUUUCUUUUAGAUUCAAUUAAUCCCUUUUAGGUUUUGUUUGUUUUUUUAAGGAAACACAUGGGGAUUUUGUUUUUAAGGCAGCAAAAUUGAGGGCCCUUUAAACUAUUGUCAGCAUGCACAAUGCCUUUAAUUCUGCAGAAAGUUAGACUCAGUGGCUGCUCUUAAGCCUGAGCCCCUUCAUCUCUAAAGGAUAAUGUACAUCAUUCAUAAAGUGCACAACAGCUGGUUUGUAUAGCAUUCAUAAAUUAUGCAGAAGCAAGUAUUCUGAGGAUACACAUGCUGGGAGACUCCAGGUAACAGGUAAGGUGAAAUGGAAGUGUUUUUAAUUACCCAUGGCUAUUUUCUGUAAUAAGUACUAUUAAAUAGUAUACUUUUUAAAGAAAAUGCAAGUUGGUUGUAUGUAUAAGAUAUGGAGUGUGAUAUGCGGGAGUAUUUAAUUAGCUUAAAAUUUCUAAUGAAGAAAAUGUGGCUAAAGGUUCAAAAAGGAUAGAAUUCUUGGGGCCAGAAGCAUAGUAUUUUCUGACAUUUAGUGCUUCAACUGUGGCUAAAUUGUGCUCAAGGACUUUUGAGCCAGUAUUUUCCAAGAUACUGAGCACACGCAGAACGCCUUUCAGCUUGGAGGAAACUUGGUCUCUAAGGCUGACUGGUGACGUCCCAGUCUUCGCUAGGGAUUCUGAUGGCAAAUUCUUGUUUUAUUUUCUCUCUCUACCGUAUCUUCUUACUUAGAAAUAACUUUUCCAGUUGCCACUUUUAUAGACCAUCCUUUUACUUAUAUGCUGCAUUUUCUGGUCAUUGUGUUCUCAAGGGGGCUACUAUUUUGAGCAGGGAAGGUUUAUUUAAGCCUGAGAGUCAUAAAACAUCAAGCCCUUAGUUUCGCUUUUCUGGAAAUGAAAUCUCAUUGGAGUUUACAGUGCUGGGAGUAAAGGAGCCUUUUACCCCUCUUUUAAAGGGUGCUUUAUCCUAGUGAAACCAAAAAGAUUGUCUAUAAAUGCUGUCUUUUUAAAAACUUAGAAAUUACUCCCUUCCAAAGUCAGCCUGGGAAAUAUUGAGGUGGCCUCUAAUUGGUGGAGGCAGUUAAUAUAAUUUAAGAUGAUGUGAAUAAUGGAAAGUAUGAGAACUCUGCAUCUUAGUUCUUCUUCUGAUAACUCCCAAAUACAGAAAUGUUCUACAUCUCUGAACAACCUGAUUUUUUAAAAAAGUUUUUAUUUGCAUGGCUGUGUUUACACGAACACUAAUAUUUUCUUCUACUCUUUUCCCUUCCUACCCCUUGGGGUUCGGAAGAAAAACACAGAGGAAACUGAAGCAUGUGCCAUUCAAUACUGUCAUUCCAAAUCCUCACAGACUACUGCCUGUUCUGAAAAAUAUUUUAACCUGCACUGAAAGCUGCAUCUGUCUGUAUCUUUACUUUUGUAAAUGACCUCACAUGUAAAUUCACCAAAUAAAUGUUACAUUCAAGCU